AUGGCAGCUGCAGAAGCACCAGCUGAUCGCCAUGCGAGACGACGACCGUUUUCCCACUGGAUGAAGCGCCUCACAAACCUGAAGAGCUCCUCAUCUGACAGCAAUCCGAAUAAUGCGUCUGGCAAGCGAAACGGCUCAAGCACUCUUACCAAGAACAAGAAGAAUAACAACCCUUAUCUCUCGGGCGUUGCCGAUAGACGAUCUGAGGAACAUACGAAUGGCCAUCUCUCCUUCUCUGAACCCGCGAAUAGUAUACGGCCCAGUCAGUUGUCUCACUACGAUGACCACCAAGCUCCCGCAACUGGGGACAUAUCCGCUGCACCUACACUCUCCACGACCGGCGACACCACGAUCUCGGAUACGGGCUACUCUAAAGCCGGUACGUGUGCUACUGGGGGUAACGGAUUCAAUUCCACUGGCGGCGGAGAGGGCAGCACCUUCUCAUCACCGGCGCCUUCAGUUCGCUCUCUGACGACGACUCUCACGACCAUUCAAUCCGCUGCUCCGUCAACCCAGCUCAAUGCUGCACAAAAUGCGAACCACUACUCGGCUGGGAUAGGUGGCGAAAAUAGCACAGGAUCUCACAAUGCCACCAGCCAACAGCCUGGUGUCCAGUUUACGCACCAAUUUCCUACAUCGCCAAUCACGGCGGUUCCACCACACCUUAACGCCAACCUAAAUCCUACCACUUAUUCGACUGCCACCGCAAACAACUUAUUGACCGACAAUGCAUCCGUGCUCACACUGGCCUCGUCAUCCAAACGUCGGCGGCGUAAUUCGCUUGAUACGAAUGCAUCAGUGCUUGCCCUUGCCCCCUCGUCUCUGUUCAGCGGCAGUCGUGAGAGUCUACCACUCAGCGUCUUGAGUGGACAUAUGGGUGGCGGAGCUGGAGCAGACCAAAGUAGCUCCUCUGCACAUAAUGUGGUAGGCGCCAUAGGUCGCGGCGGAGCCUCCAACAAUGAGCGGGCCAGUGUUCAUUCUAUGUCAGGUAUAAUUGCCCCCGACCGGGGAAGCGUGAGAAGUGGCAUGCACUCACAUCACGGACGGAACGACAGCGUUACUGGGAGCAUUGGGAUGCAGGUAGGUGGGAUCAUCCCUGGCGCGACUGGACGAGUUAGCCGCCGUGGGUCCGGCUGGGGUGAAAUCGUCGACUCUGAAGACACCGGAGAUGAAACCCAACGCGAAGGGUCAGAUACAAGCGGUGACAUCACCGACAGCAAAGAAAAGAUAAGCGAUAAACCAGCGGAAAAAGACAAGAAAGAACAUUAG